UUCUCUGCUCGCUCCUACUUGAGACGCUCGAUGCUGAACUCCCUGUCGAUUGACAAGCUGUUCAAAAAAUGGCCAUUUUGGAGGCACGAAAUUAAGCUCCUAUCUGGACUUUUGGCCAAGGUAGGUGUCUUGCCGACUUGCUUUUUAUCGCGUCAGGUCCUCAGCUUUCUGACGCCUCAGCUGAAACUUCUCAGAAUGAAAACUGGUCGAUGCCGAUUUAUAUCUACGGAAAUCCGGAGAUCGAUAAAUUAGAGCUUAUCAUGUCUAUCUUUUCGGAAAGUAACGCCGUCUACUGCAUGGUUCAAUGCUUCGAAUGCUACUAUUCUCGCCGCCUGUUCUUCGAAACCGUGCUGCGCCAGCUGGUCGGCUUCAAGUUCAACGCGGUAGACGGCGAACUCUCAAACGUCGAAUAUUUUGGUCCAGGUCACUCGGGCAGGACUGUCAGUUGUUCUUCGUGGUUUGAAUUUAUCGAACAGCUGAGGAACGUCGUUCAGCGCUGGAAGAGGCCGAAGGCGUUUAUCGUGCUGAACGAAAUAGAAAGGCUCUGUUCAAAGACGUUCAGCUACGAACUCUUGAUGGGACUUGUUCGGCUCGGGGAGCUUGUAGGAGAAAACGUUAAUGUCGUGAUGAUCGGAGACGCCAUUUGGGAAGACGUGGCACCCGAAGUCCCGAGCGAAUACUUGAUGACGUUGGUGUUGCCUCGCCCCAGUCCGGCUCAGCUAUCUGCGUUAUUAAGCAAGGAAGUUCCCGCUUUGUCUAAAGAAGAAGUGCCCCCGUCGCUAGACGACAAGCAGAUAUCGGCUCACUACACCGAAUUCUGUGACAUGUUGUGCAAGUCACUUUCUGUUUCUUAUGUUUCUUUCACAGAACUCAAAAGAGCCGUUCGUAUGCUGUUUCCGGCGUAUUUACGUCCUUUGUUUUCCAGCACUCUUGGCGAAAAUACCUUCAGUCGUCUGUACACUCUAUUCAGCCCGAACUUGGCUCAAUUGAGGAGGUAUAAUCUUGCUCAGAUAUGCGUCGACUACGACAGCAAAUACAUUGGCGUACAACAACAGCCGAACCGGCUCCCGACACUGUCGAAGUACAUAAUCGUCGCAUCCUGGUUGGCGUCGUACCGACCGGAGAUAGGUUCCAAGGAAGAUUUAAGGAAACAGAAAAAGGAAAAACAUGUCACGGUAGCAGAACAGGAGAGCAUGAUGGGCAUGCCUAAACCGUUCAAACUCAAAAAGCUGAUUUCUCUGUUAGGCAUUAUACUAGAGGGGUAUCCUGGCGAGUUCUCUGACGACCGCGAGGCAUCCGAAAUUUUCGGCGCACUUCAAACGAGUACAAUUCCGUCUCAGUUCCAAAUUUUGCAACUGAUUUCCAUACUGGUUGAAUUGAGACUUUUGGUCCAAUUGGGUGGACGCCCUGCAAUAUCCAGCAUAAAAUUUCAGUGCGCUGUGGAUCAUGCAAUGGCGUUCAAACUCAGCGAAGAAAUAGAGUUUCCCAUUCGGGGCUUUUUAUGAAGCUACAUCUUUUUGAUGCGCUCACAUUUAUUGGGCAUAUACAAACCGCUGUGAAACGCUGGUUCUUACUCCUCUCACGCGCUAUCAACUCCACUGCGCAUAUGCUUGAUAUAAAGCCAUCUUGUCCCGGAAAGAACUGGCUUUCCAGACCAAAUCAUAUUGUCGUCGAUCUCGCCUGUAAGGUAGGUGUGGUGAAAUAUGACGGCAUUUCCCGCUACUGGAGAGAUGUUGAUAAAUUUCUUAGGAAUGGUGAUUUCACCACCCUCUACAUUUGAAAGAAAGAUCACGAAUGUCAAAAUUCUCUUUCCGAGGACAGGAUCAUCUUCAACGAACCUAUAAAGUACAAUAAAUGCGUUUAGCUGACUAUAUUUACAAUCUUGCACCGAUAUUGGCGCAUAAGAAGGGUAGUGCUACCGCGGUCCUCCAGCUCGUACCAGUCUCUGGUUUCAUCUGUGCUUGAACCUUUAUUCGAGCGUAGAAUAAUCGGAUCUUCGCCAAGAUUCGGAUCGAUUCUAGCAUAGAGUGCUAUCUUUUCGUCAAUUUCUUCAAUAAACUUGGUUCUUUCUAACACUUUACUAAAUUCUUUCCCUUCUUUUGAACUUAGCGAAGAACCCAGCGAAAUGAGUUUUUGUAUUUGACUCUUUGACAGAAAUUGUCUUACAUAGAUGAUCCUUGGCUUCCAGCUGUAGACGAAAAUAUCUAGGCCGGUGCCAGAGGGCUCGACUAUCUGGAUACUAUUGGCAAUGCUCUUCUCAAUAUUGAGCUGGUUUCGUUGUCCUUAAGCAGAAACAUUUAAAAUUCGAGUCAAGAAAUUAAAAAUAAAACAAGCAAAAAAA